AUGUUGGUUCUAGUCAUCUCAAGCGAACUGAAAGCAAAAUCCUAUUUUGGGGACAAAAGUUCCUGUGUAGAAAAUGCUAAUACCUUGAAUCUCACAAGUUCUUCAUCCGUAAGCCAUACCCCUCUCAUGGGAUAUUCAGUUACAUCCUCAUCUACAGCCUCUACCCAUACCGUUGCAUCAGUGAUUGUAGCUGUGGUUGAAGGAAGAGGCCUUGCCAGAGGUGAGGUGGGCAUGGCCAGUAUCGACUUAAAGAAUCCUGAGAUGAUACUGUCACAAUUUGCAGAUAACACAACUUAUGCUAAGGUUAUUACUAAACUCAAGAUUUUAAUGCCACUAGAAAUAAUAAUGUCAAACACUGCUUGUGAUGCAGGGAACACAACAAAAUUGUUCAGUCUGAUAACAGAGCACUUCAAGAACGUGACUUUUACAACUGUCCAAAGGAAAUACUUCAAUGAAACAAAGGGUUUGGAAUACAUAGAACAAUUGUGUGUGUCUGAAUUCAGCACCAUUUUCAUGGAGGUUCAGUCAAAGUAUUACUGUCUUGCAGCUGCUGCAGCUUUGCUAAAAUAUGUUGAAUUUAUUCAAAAUUCCGUUUAUGCUCCCAAGUCACUCAAAGUGCGUUUCCAGGGGAGUGAGAAGACAGCAAUGAUAGAUUCCUCAUCAGCACAAAAUCUUGAACUAGUCAUUAACAACAGAGAUGCUCGGAAUGGUCACACACUUCUUGGUGUCCUAAAUUACACUAAAACUCCAGGUGGAAGUCGAAGACUCAGAUCCAACAUCCUGGAACCACUAGCUGAUGCUGGAACAAUUAACACAAGACUGGACUGUGUUCAGGAAUUACUCCAGGAUGCAGAGCUCUUUUUUGGUCUUCAAGCAGUUAUCUCAAAAUUCCUGGAUACGGAACAACUGCUUUCAGUUUUGGUGCAAAUUCCAAAGCAGGAUACAGUUAAAACUGCUGAAUCAAAAAUAACUAAUUUAAUCUACCUGAAGCAUACUUUAGAACUCGUGGAGCCUCUGAAAGCUGCUUUAAGAAGCUGUAACACACCGUUGCUAAAGGCUUAUUGCAAUUCUCUUGAGGAUACAAGAUUUGGAAUUAUACUUGAAAAGAUUACAACUGUAAUUAACGAUGAUACAAGGUACACAAAAGGAUCUCUGAGUAUGAGGACCCAGAAAUGCUAUGCUGUUAAGCCUAACAUCAGUGAAUUCCUUGACAUAGCCCGUCGAACAUACACAGAAAUUGUUGAUGACAUAGCAGGUAUGAUAUCACAACUGGCAGAAAAGUACAACCUACCAAUGAAAACAAGUUUCAGCUCUGCCCGUGGCUUUUUUAUCCAGAUGAAUGCUGAUUGUUCCACAUUGCCCAAUGGCCAGCUUCCUUCAGAAUUCACAAAGAUCACUAAAAUGAAAAACACAUAUAGCUUCACUUCAGCAGAUUUAAUAAAAAUGAAUGAAAGAUGUCAGGAGUCCCUGAGAGAAAUAUAUCACAUGACCUACUUAAUAGUGUGUAAACUACUGGAUGAGAUCUAUGAGCACAUCCAUUGCCUGUACAAGCUGUCUGACAUUGUAUCCAUGCUGGACAUGCUGCUGUCAUUUGCCCAUGCUUGCACUCUCUCUGAUUAUGUUCGUCCAGAAUUUACAGAUACUUUAGCAAUCAAGCAGGGAUGGCAUCCCAUUCUUGAAAAGAUAGCUAUGGAAAAACCUGUGCCUAACAACACAUAUGUGACAGAGGGCAACAAUUUUGUCAUUAUAACAGGACCAAAUAUGAGUGGAAAAUCAACAUACCUAAAACAGAUUGCUCUCUGUCAAAUUAUGGCACAGAUUGGUUCUUAUGUCCCAGCAGAGUAUUGUUCUUUUCGAAUCGCAGAGCAGAUUUUUACGAGAAUAGGCAUGGAUGAUGAUAUAGAAACAAAUGCAUCAACAUUCAUGAAGGAAAUGAAAGAGGUAACAUACAUCAUACAAAAUGCUAAUGACAAAUCGCUGAUCAUCAUUGAUGAACUUGGCAGAGGUACCAGUGCUGAAGAAGGAAUUGGCAUUUGUUAUGCUACCUGUGAAUACCUGUUGAAUUUAAAGGCAUUUACACUGUUUGCUACACAUUUCCUGGAACUGUGUCAUAUUGAUGCUUUAUAUCCCAAUGUGGAAAAUUACCAUUUUGAAGUGCAACAUGUGAGAUGCAGUGCUGGAAAUAAGGAAAAAAUUGCUUACACUUACACACUUUCUAAAGGAUAUACAGAGGAAAAGAACUAUGGACUAAAAGCUGCAGAAGUUUCCUCCCUACCAUCAUCCAUAAUUUUGGAUGCAAAGGAAAUCAUAAAUCACAUUGCAAAACAAAUUUUGCACAGGCAGCAGAGCACUCCUGAGAUGAUGAAGCAGAGAGCUGUCUACCAUUUAGCAAUGAGAUUGGUUCAGGUGGCCAGAAAUUCCCGGCUGGACCCUGACAGUUUGCGCAUGUAUCUGAAAGGCCUGAAGAAAAAGUAUGAAGCCAGUUGUCCUGCACUUGGAAAAACCUAUGAGCAACA